GAGUACAAUGCAUACUCCCUUUAGGUAAAAGUCACUCAAGAUCCAAAAUUCCAGUCCAUGGUGAUUCAUUUAAUAAUAAUAAUUUGUUAUUGAUUACAAGGGGUAACAGAGUUGGUGUUAAAAGAAAGCAUAAAGGCCCUUUUUAUUUUCUCACUCUCCAUUCACUCUCCACUCUUCGAAAUCAAUUGAGUACUGCACUCGUCUGCAACGACCCCCUGCAAAAACAAAAGAGAAACACACACAAAUUAAAAAUAAAAAUCCAGGAGAAGCGGCAGUGCGAUUGAUUAAGGGGGGCUCCUCCAGCCGUAUUCGUGCUUAGCUUUCUGCAAAAUAUUGAGAGAGGACAAAGGAGAAGACGAAGAAGAAGAACAAAAGAAAGAGAAGUCAUUCCAGCGUGCGAGAGUGACAUUUCGAUACAAGAUCUAGCCUAGUCAUCAAAAACAAAAAUGGUGACAGAGAAGCAGGGCGAGGAAGCAAUUGUGUCGUCAAACUUGAACGAAAAUGAUCAAGGUAACAACCUGGAUACUAAGGAAGGAGAAGAUGAUCACUCCAUGUUUGGGCUAAAGAGUUUCCUCUGGCAUGGUGGUUCCGUUUGGGAUGCCUGGUUUAGUUGCGCUUCCAAUCAAGUGGCACAAGUGCUGCUAACAUUGCCAUACUCGUUCUCGCAAUUAGGGAUGCUAUCGGGAAUAUUACUUCAGAUAUUUUAUGGAUUUAUGGGUAGCUGGACGGCUUACCUUAUCAGUGUUCUCUAUGUUGAAUAUCGAAGUCGGAAGGAGAAAGAAGGUGUCAACUUCAAAAAUCAUGUCAUCCAGUGGUUUGAAGUGCUGGAUGGAUUAUUGGGACCCUAUUGGAAAGUAGUGGGUCUAGCCUUCAAUGUUAUUUUCCUGUGCUUCGGGUCAGUUAUUCAGCUCAUUGCCUGUGCAAGUAACAUAUACUAUAUCAAUGACCAUUUGGACAAACGCACAUGGACAUACAUAUUCGGAGCAUGCUGUGCUACAACUGUGUUCAUCCCCUCUUUCCAUAACUAUCGUCUUUGGUCUUUUCUUGGCCUUGGCAUGACCACUUACACGGCUUGGUAUAUGGCCAUUGCUUCUCUUGUCAAUGGGCAGGUUGAAGGGGUAACACAUUCCGGACCAACGAAAUUAGUGUUGUAUUUUACGGGAGCCACUAACAUAUUGUAUACCUUUGGUGGACAUGCUGUCACAGUGGAAAUAAUGCAUGCCAUGUGGAAACCCCAAAAAUUCAAGUACAUUUAUCUGCUGGCCACACUAUAUGUAUUCACACUAACACUACCGUCUGCUGCGGCUGUCUACUGGGCGUUUGGUGAUGAACUUCUCAACCAUUCAAAUGCUUUCUCUCUCCUCCCUAAGUCUCGUUUCCGUGACGCCGCCGUUAUACUCAUGCUCAUCCAUCAGUUCAUUACAUUUGGGUUUGCUUGUACACCAUUAUACUUCAUAUGGGAGAAAUUGAUUGGAAUGCAUGACACAAAGAGUAUAUGCUUAAGAGCUCUAGCAAGGCUACCAGUUGUGAUACCAAUAUGGUUCUUAGCCAUCAUAUUCCCCUUCUUUGGGCCCAUCAAUUCUGCUGUGGGUGCCCUCUUGGUUAGCUUCACUGUCUAUAUCAUCCCAGCUCUUGCCCAUAUGCUCACUUAUAAAGACGCCUCCGCUCGAAAGAAUGCAGCAGAGAAGCCUCCAAAGUACUUCCCAAGUUGGGCAGCAAUGUAUGUAGUGAAUAUGUUUAUAGUAGUGUGGGUAUUGGUAGUAGGAUUUGGUUUUGGAGGAUGGGCUAGCAUGACCAACUUUAUAAGGCAGGUUGAUACAUUCGGACUCUUUGCUAAGUGCUACCAGUGCAAACCACCUCCACUGCAUCCCUCCAACGCUACUUCGCUUCAUUGAUCAACCUCUGGAAUCCGAUCCGAUCCGAUCCGAUCCGAUCCCUAUCCAAUCCGUGCACCGCUCUCGGACGUGGUACUCAAACAAGCAGAUAACUGGGCUAAACCCUUCUGCAUUUUGAUUUUGUACCAUGCAUAUGCAUACAUAGGGAAAAACCUAGUAGCACUAUUUUGUCUACUAUAACAAUGCAUUAUUAUGCUUUGCUUUUUUACUUUUUAUCCUUUACUCCUUUUAGGAAUAAGGAUUUCUUAUUUAUUUUACAGAAUUAGAUAUCAUUUAUGGAGUAAGUGUGUUAAAGAAUAUUUAGUUUGAUUUUUUAUUUUCUACUAAAAACAAGAAUAGAAUUAGUGGUAAAUGAUGUUGGAAAUGUAAGUUAUUAUCAUUAUUUAUUAAUUAAUAGCAAGUGAUGUUUUUAGUUUCCUUUUA